CCGCCCUCACCCUGGCUUCGUGUGGCACGCGCCUUCCCGCAGCCCUGCGGGUGCCUUCUCAGGAGCACGGGCUCCAGCUGGGCUAGGCCGGCCCUAUGGGGGCGGGGGGCUCCAGAGGCCCGGGCCAGGGCCCGUCUGUCCAGCCCCAGGCAUGGUGGGUGGGGAAGCCGGGCUGCCUCGCUGUGUGGCCUCACAGGCCUGCCCUUUCCAGGGGGUCUUGGCUUUCGAAAUCUUCAUUCCCCUGGUUCUGUUCUUCAUCCUGCUGGGCCUGCGGCAGAAGAAGCCCACCAUCUCCGUGAAGGAAGUCUCCUUCUACACGGCCGCGCCCCUGACAUCCGCCGGCAUCUUGCCCGUCAUGCAGUCCCUGUGCCCCGACGGCCAGCGGGAUGAGUUCGGCUUCCUGCAGUAUGCCAACUCCACGGUCACACAGCUGCUGGAACGCCUGGACCGCGUGGUGGAGGAGGGGAACCUGUUCGACCCAGCGCGGCCCAGCCUGGGCUCAGAGCUCGAGGCCCUGCGGCAGCACCUGGAGGCCCUGAGCGCCGGCCCACGCCCCUGGGGGAGCCCCGCGGACAGAUCUGCAGUGUCCUCCUUCUCUCUGGACUCGGUGGCCAGGGACCCGCGGGAGCUCUGGCGCUUCCUGGUGCAGAACUUGUCACUGCCCAACAGCACAGCCCAGGCCCUCUUGGCUGCCCGCGUGGACCCGCCCGAGGUCUACCGCCUGCUCUAUGGCCCGUUGCCUGCCCUGAGCUCUGAGUCAGGCCUUCCCAGGGGCCAGAAACCCUGGAGCCGCCUGGGUGGCAAUCCCCUGUUCCAGAUGGAGGAGCUGCUACUGGCCCCUACCCUCCUGGAGCAACUCACCUGUGCGCCGGGCUCCAGGGAGCUGGGCCGGAUCCUCUCCGUGCCCGAGGCUCAGAGGACGGCCCUGCAGGGCUACCGGAACACCGUCUGCAGUGGGCAGGCUGCCGCUCGUGCUCAGCGCUUCUCCGGGCUGGCCGCUGAGCUCCGGAGCCAGCUGGACAUGGCCAAGGUCGCCCAGCAGCUGGGCCUGGACGCCCCCAACGUCUCAGACUCCGAGCCGCAGACGCCCCCCCCGCGGAGGCUGCAGGCACUUCUGGGGGACCUGCUGGAUGCCCAGAAGGUCCUGCAGGAUGUGGACGUCUUGUCAGCCCUGGCUCUGCUGCUGCCCCAGGGUGCCUGUGCCGGCCGGGCCCCAGGGUCCCCCGCCAGCGGCCCGAGCGGGACAGGCAAUGCCACUGGGGCAGGGACGGGUGCAGGCUCUAACGCCACGGCCGAGGAGGGCGCGCCGUCUGCUGCGGCCUCAGCCUCCCCGGACGCACUGCAGGGCCAGUGCUCGGCCUUUGUGCAGCUCUGGGCAGCCCUGCAGCCCAUCUUGUGUGGCAACAACCGGAGAUCCGAGCUGCUGCUGGGCGGGGCCCCGUCCGCGCAGCGGCUGGAGAAGGAGGCGCCGGAGACCUUCCAGAGCAACGGUCAGUGGGCGGGGCAGCUGGGCAGCUGGGCCAAUGAGACUUUCGCCUUCGUGGGCAACGUGACCCACUACGCCCAGGUCUGGCUCAACAUCUCGGCGGAGAUCCGCAGCUUCCUGGAGCAGGGCCGGCUGCAGCAACACCUGCACUGGCUGCAGCAG